GGUUCUUCACUAGAGUUGACAUACGGGGAAAGUGUGGGAGAACGGUCCCUGUCUUACUGAAACCAUCAUUCGUGUCAGCUUUGGAGCUUCUCGUAAAUGUGCGGGACACGUGUGGAGUACCCAGUAAGAACCCCUAUCUGUUUGGCCGACCACAUGCGCUGUCUUUCUACAGAUGGUCAGAAUGCAUCCAAACGUAUGUCAAAGCAUGUGGAGCUAAAAACCCUGAAGCGCUGAAAUCCUCAAAGAUCCCCAAGCAUUACGCAACAAUGCUACAGCUGAUGAACCUGGAUGACAAUGAGGCCGACCAAAUUUUAGGGCCUAAUAAUCAAGUCCGAAACCUGCGACAGGACAGCAGCACGCAGCUGAAUGAUGUUGAAAUGGAAUCUGAUGAGAGAGGACAACAAGCUGCAACAUGGGAUCUCAGUGAGGAUUCCGGUGCACGCUUUGGACUAGCAGAUAUUUCGCAUGAACAAGCACAUGGAGCAACGAGAUCUGUCAAGUCAGACAACAAAGGUAGUAAUGGCUUCCAGAAUCAGGGAAAACAUAAAUGGGAGGAAGCAGAGGUUUGUGCUGUUGAGAGACACUUGAUGCGUUUGAUUCAAGAACACAAGUUGCCUCAGAAAAACGACUGCGUUCAGUGUCUUGAGGCUGAGCCAGAAGCACUGAAGACCCGGACAUGGAAAGGUGUGAAGGACUACGUCCGAAACAGGAUCACUGCCCUAAAAAGGCAAAGCAAAACUUCCCAAGCUACAUCCUCAAACAGGAACUGGUCUGGUCAAGUGGAACCACAGCAGAGUACUGGACAUUUUCAGCAGUUAUAGAUGGGAUAUUUUGUCCAUGACAGUCUGUUGAGUCAAUUUUCUUAUCCCUCACCAUUCUCUGGUUCUCUCUGUCUUUCGGUUGUUCAGUCUCCAUCUGCAUCUCUUAUGCAACAUUGUGAGCAUUUACAUCCAUUAUGAUGACCAAGAACAGAUUGAUAAUUGAUCAUUUUUGUGGUUUAUGGUUCGCAGUCUUUUCUGCAGCUGCCAUCACUCUUACUUUGUAUGAUUAUAGCAUAUCUGUCACUGUGGUUUUGUUUAAUUUUAUAAAGUGAAUUUGGACAGAGAUGGCUCAUGCAUACUGACGAAUAAUGUGUCUAAUUAGCUGAUGGCCAAUUAGUAUGUUUUUGGAGUUGUAGGUUAAACUUCUGUGACCAUGUUAUCUGGUAUACUGUAUUUUGUUAUUCUCUUUUGUAUAUUGGCAUACUGUGUUUUGUAGAACAACUUGCCACCAAUAAAGUUCCAAGAAUAAUAUUGUAGCAGUCUGAAUUUUUAAAAAGAGUUACCGGUAGUUAACUCAUGAAGUGUGGACACAUGGUAUUUCACUAAUUGGUGCCACCCUAUCAGGCCUACUGUAUCUCUGACCCUGUAAGUAUGAAUGACAGUCAUAUAGGAUAAGCAGUGGUGGUUCUGCCCCGGGUCCUCCUACUAGUGGAUGGUGCCCAUGAGGCAUCCAGAAACCACCUCAACUGACUCCUUUUGACACCAAGGAGCAGCGGCUCGACUCUAAGCUCCCUCCUCCAGUUGUCCAAGCUCCUUACCCUAUCUCUAAGGCUGAGCCCAGCCACCCCAGUGCAUCCUGGAGGUCACAGUGUGAUGAAGUCAACAGGGCCACAUCAUCUGCAAAAACAAGAGAUGCAAUCCCGAGGCCCCCCCAAACCAGACCCCUUCCUUCCUCCAGCUGCGCCUGUCCAUACAUAUCACAGAGAGGGAUUACCUGGUGGAGGCCAACACCCACAGAGAACGUGUUUGACUUCAUCUCAGAUAUGCAGAAGCAGCUCUCACUUUGGUCAUACAAGGACCAGAUGGCUCGUAGCAGCGAUUCCGGUACCCUGUAAUCCUGCAGUAUAACCCACAAGACUCCCCAAGAGAUGCGGUCAUAAGCCAGCCUUCUCCAAGUCCACGAAACACAUAGAUUGGAUGAGCAAACUCCCAUGACCCCUCUAGCAGCCUCGCAAGAGUAAAGAGCUGGUCCACAGCCAGGACUAAAACCGCAUUGCAUUAUUAACAUGUCAGCAGCAUUUUAAUGUUACUGUAGCUCAUUAUAGUUGAGCUAAUUUACCAUCUUAUAUAUUUAUGUCAAAGUAAAUGUACAUUAUGUGUUGGCUAUUUUUUAACAGUGUAUUAAUUUAUAAACUCAGAUUUUCUGUGUAAAAUCUUAAACUAAAAAGUAACUAUAGUUUUUAAAUGGCCUAACACCCCCAUACUUAUCUGAACUAAUCAUUCCAUACGUUCCAACACGUGCUCUCCGCUCACAGAAUGGUAACUACCUCACAGUCCCCAAAGUUAACAAAAAAUCAGCAGGUGGUAGAGCAUUUUCCCACCUUGCCCCACUUCUGUGGAACUGGCUCCCCCAAUCAGUAAGGGAUGCAGAAUCCGUUGACAUCUUUAAAUCGAGACUAAAAACCUACUUAUUUUCCCAAGCAUAUGGUACAACUUGAUUGCACUUUUUUAUUUAUUUUAAUUGUUUUUGUAAAUAAUUGUGCUUGUUUGUAAAUUGUAUUUUUUAUUUGUAAUUUGUAUUUUUCUAAUGUAUUUUUUUUCAAUGUGAACUGUAAAGUGUUUCGAGACCAUGUUUAUGGUGAUUUUACACUUUGAAUAAAGCCGAAUUGAAUUGAAUUGAAAUAACUAGUGGAGUAAAAGGUGCAUCAAGUAUUAAUAAUUAUAUUAAAAAAUGUAUUUGUAUUGUCUUGAUUGUAUCCAACAACGCACACAGACAACAAAUUAUAUGUAAUUUAAUAAAGAAACCCAGUAUAAUUUGUUUUACUGCUGUGAUUGUUAAUAGCUUUUAAAUUAUUUUUCAAUGCUGUUUAUUUCUGGUAUCGCAGACUUUUACUUUGAAAGCAAACCCGGAAAUGCGUUGUCGUGAUUCUGCUAACUUGAUGCUAACAUUGGAGCUAAGGCUCGGGUACACGAAUAUGCGCUGUUAAAGUCAACGCUAAUCAUGUGACGGUCUCUUGCCGUGGAAUUUAAUUUUGAUAUAAUGUAAAAGAGGAGCAACACAAUGGAUUUGUAACCUCUGAAGCGCGUCGCUUCCGUCGCAGAGGAGGAAAUGAAGAUGCUAACGGUAACGAACAAGUGCCGCACGCGAAGCCCUCUGUUUCCGUUGAUGUCUAAAGGUCCCACCUCCAAGGAGAAACACACCAAUCAGUGAUGGUUAUGGAGGAUGAUGGACGUCCCCACAGCCAAUCAGAGCCAGACACCCUAUCAGCCGUGGGCGGACCAGAACGGCUGGUUCCCAGCUUCACCUCAAGGACCCUCCUGCAACCCUCUGCCCGGCUUUCAGCAUCUUAGCCUGAGCUCGCCUUCUGACCAGAGACCCCUCUACAACCACCUGCAGGCAUCCAACCAGGGCUGCCAGAGCCACGCUUAUCACAGCACGCCAUAUUCUAAUUGUGCUGAUCAGCAGCAGAUCAUUCCUGAUGCUCAUGUUUCAUCCAUGGUUGCAGCUGCAAGCCAAGGAAGAAAUAUACCUCCAUGUUCUCUCCCUCUUACGAUGGAAGGGAUGCAGCCAUGCAAGCUGCAACAAAUGCCAUUUUACCCCCCUCACAACCCUCACCAAGCAAUAUCCCCCCCUUUCCAGCCCUCUUACACACACCACAGUUCACCAAAUGGGCCUCAGUCACCACAUCAAAAUCAUCUACCCAUUAGCUCGCCGUCAUUUGGACAAUGUGCAAACCAGAGUCAGCCGUGUAUGCCUCAGCAUGCAUUUGAGAGGGCAAAUGUGGAGUCCUCUGCUGGAUACACGCACAAUCAUGCCUCGCCAACCUCUCCCAUCCAACAGCAGCCUCAGUGGACACUUGCAGCACAUUCAAGAGGAGCCAUAAACGAGUUUGUUCCCAAUGCUGCUGCACCGGACAGGAACAUCAUGCCACAGUCUCCUAACUCUGAGUCUCGUUAUGGCCUGGACCCAGAGCUCCUGCCCAGUGUUGUGAAGGUGAUUGCAGAGGACAGGGCAGAGUGGGAGGGAAAGGUGUUCGUCUCAGAGCCUUUUUCCCGUCUUCCUCCUCUGGCAACUACUUCCUGUAUCGUAGAGGACAGAGGUAAUGCGAGUCCUUUAGCCAUCCGCUCCGCCUCGUACUGUGUGCCCUGCGAAGGUCAGACUGCCCUGCUCAGCCGUCUGCCGCUGGGGGCUCUGCUCACCCCUCUGGCAAAACAAAAUGCCGGAGAGAAGCCCCUGCCAGUGUGCAAGGAGUCAGAGUUUGUUAUGGGUUGUGGUUGCUGCGGAGCCUCUAUGUGCCCGGUGAUGGGCUGGCAGGACUGUGGACAGAGGUUUUACUGCCCCUUCUGUGGUAAACUCAGUGAAGUGCCGUGGCAACACUACCAGCCCACCAAAGGGGUGGAGGGGGUUCGGGUGGAUAAAGACAAGAGGCCUGAACUCAGUAUGGGGUCAUACGAAAUCCUCAAUUCUCAGCAGGGUGAACCUGCUGCCCUGCUUCUAGCCAUAGAUGUGUCUGCCUCAGCACUGAGAGGAGGACAUUUGGAGUUCGCAACACAACAAAUACUCACUCUGCUCACCUCUCUGAAGAGGGAGGAUGGUGAUGCCUUGUCGGACGUCCGCGUUGGUUUGAUGACGUACGACAGCAGGAUCCACCUGUAUGACCUCAGCCCCGCCCUGUCCCGCCCGCACAUGCUGGUCAUCACGGAGACAGAAGACCUGCAGCUUCCUGUGAGGGAGGGGCUUCUGGUGUCCCUCAAAGACUGUAUAGACAGUAUCGACAGUGUGUUGCAGCUCAUUCCUCAGUUUAGUCCGGAGUGUGAUGAUUGUAGUGGUGUUCCCAUGGAGCUGCCUGUCAAAGCAGGGCUAGCCGUACUGCAGGCCCUGAGUUGUCCUGGCAAGCUGCUGAUCUUCCAUACGGCCCCUCUGAUAGAAAUGAGACACACAAACUCAUCCUCAGGGUUCUUUGGCUCCAACAAACCAAAGUCCAUCUUUCAGCCGUCAGAUCUUGCCCUCUCAUUGGCCAAGGAGUGCGUCAGUCAGGGGUGCAGCGUUCACCUGUUUGUCCUCUCCCAGCAGGACGUGGGCGGGGCUUGGCCGGGGCACAUACCAUAUCUAACAGGUGGAGCUCUGCACACCUACGGCCACCUCCAGGGAGAACUGGACAGAGAGCGUUUCACCACUGACCUGAAGGGGAUUGUAGAGACAGACACAGGCUACAAAGCUGAGCUCAGGAUUUUUGUCAGCAAAGAUUUGCGUGUGUCCGGCUGUUAUGGACUUUUCAUCCCUGGGCCAAGCCCCAGUCAGGUCGCCAUGGCAACUCUUGAUUGGAGGACAACACUGGCUGUGGAGCUCGCACACACCAGAGCUCUGGACGAGACGAGAGGUGUGGCCAUACAGGCUGUUUUGUCUUACAGCACCCAGACAGGAGAAAGGAGGACCAGGGUUCACACUCUGACCCUGCGAUGCUCUCGUCACCUACAGGAUGCUUUCCGGCAGUACCAGGCCCAAACACUGCUCACCUUCUACUGCAAAAAAAUUUACUGUGCAGUGUUGGAGCGCCCUCUGCAGGAGCUGAGGGAGGAACUGCAGACGGAGGUAACUGAAGCGCUGGCGUCCUACCGCAAGCACUGCUGCUCUGCUUCAGUGUCUGCUGGACAGCUGGUCCUCCCUCAGUACCUGCGAGCACUUCCUGUUUACAUCAACAGUCUGAGGAAGAGCGAGGUACUGCUACCGGGCCUGAGGAGCUCCGUCCACCAGCGGCUGCAGCAGCGCUGCCAGGUGCUCAGCAUGGACACCUGCAGCACCUCCACACACUUCUACCCUCUGCUGCUGCCUGUGCCACUGUCACUUGACAGCUCCAGCUCUCCAAACCCAGAGGAGGCGCUGCGCUGCUGUGCUGCCAGCCUGGAGCCCAGAGGUCUGUAUCUGGUUCAUGCACCCCUCGCCCUGCUGCUCUGGGUGGGCACUCAAGUCCCAGCAUGCACCCUGGUCGAGCUCUUCAACACCAGCUGCUUCUCCUCCCUGCCCUCUGGAGAGACCAAGCUGCCAGUUCUUGAAAACCCUCUGUCCAUCAGUGUUCGAUCCCUCAUCAACACACUGAACUCCCUGGCACCCUGUGCACGCAAGCUGUUGGUGGUGAAGCAGGGUGACACCUGCGAGGAGACCCUGCAGCGGCACCUGGUGGAGGACAAGAGUCCCAACGGAGGAGCGUCCUAUGCAGACUUCCUCUACCAUCUCCACGUCAACUCUGUGCGGCUUCUGCAGUGACUUCACACACACAUAGACACACACACACACACACACGACCUCUCUGGAUGCAUUAUCUUCUGUAAAAGAUGACACUGCAGUAUAUUUGCCUCCCAAAAAACAGGGAUGGGAACAAAAGUAUACCUAGACAUUAUAAUGUGAAAAUAUCAAAGGCCUAUUGUCAGAGAAUCAGACGGUGCAUGAGGACGAUUUCAAGAGAUAUUCAUGUAAGGACUGCUGUGAUAUAUGUGUGACGUGUGCUGUGUUGAAUGUGAUCCGUGCUGUUCUGAAAAUGUGUUUUAUGAUGUUAAUUUAUUCCUGUGUCGUCAUGGCGGUUCUCUAAUCUCUACCUGAGAUUUGCGUGUAUGUGUGUCUCUGUGUAUGAGGGUGUGUGUGAUGCCCACAGUAUGUUCUGUGAGUGCAUAAUCUCCAAUGAAUAAAUAAAUAAAUGAAGGCUUUAAUUGAACCUUGAUUGAAGUUUCCUCCAGUG